GCUUCCUUAAAGCCUUCAAAACAGUUCACAUAAUUUAUAAAAUUCCUAUAGAGCCACUCUUAUUCCUUUUCCCGUUCUGGGUUUUCGAUUCUGUAUCUGGGUUUUGCUUCUUGUGGCCAUAUCUCAACUGGGUCAUUCACAUUGAAAGAUUUCUAAUACCUUUUGCGGUUGUUUCAGUAUAUAUUCACUUGCUCUGAAUUUUUGGUAAAGGUUUUGAUGGAUUUUAGAGACGGAAUGCAUAAGGUGUACUCUUUCAUUGCUCAAAUUGGCAAUCUAGGGCUUCAUGUAUUGUGGUAUUUUCUACAUUUUAUUGUCAGCUUAUGGUACUUUGCACUGGGAAUAGUCUGUGCCUUAGAAAGCUAUCUUAUCUCCAUUGGAAUACUGAAAAGAUACGAAGGCUUUGAUAUAAACAAGCUUCGGUACCUGGCCGUAGUGGUAGAAAGUGAAGAAGCUUAUCAGAUUCCGAAAAUUAUUGAGCUUUUGCAGUGGUUGGUGGCUCUUGGUGUAAAACGUGUUUGCCUCUAUGAUACUGAAGGAAUACUGAAGAAAUCAAAGGAUUCCAUUCUGGUGAAAUUGAAUAAUGCAACAGUUUUUGAGGAAGCUGAUCAAAGCAAUCCACUUCUUGACCAUAAACAUAUUAGUGUGGAGUUUGCUUCAUUCUCUGAUGGAAAGGAAGCAGUGGCCAAAGCAGCUAACUUACUGUUUAGGAAGUAUUUGAAAUUGGGUGAUUCAGACAAAAUUCAGGAAGAGAAAAUUUUUACUGAAGCUCGCAUGACUGAGGCACUAACAGCCGUCGGUUGCAGAGGACCAGAACCUGAUCUCUUAUUAGUUUAUGGACCAGCAAGAUGCCAUCUAGGUUUCCCUGCUUGGAGAAUUCGAUAUACAGAGAUCAUACAUAUGGGAUCCUUGAACUCCAUAAAAUAUGGUUCCCUUAUAAAGGCUAUAUACAGAUUCACAAUGGUCCAGCAAAAUUAUGGUAAGUGUUCUUUACCUUUUGAUUCGGAUUGUUCACGUCUUCUAUCAAUUAUAUCAGGGAACUAA